GUUACACACCAACAGCUCUAAAACUAACCUAAACCUUUACACUCGACAACAUGUACGCCUCAGUGAUGGACAACAUUUUCUUACUGGUGCUGGUCACUCUACUCAGCGUUGUUCAGAAUGUGUUUUUUGCCCUAAAGGUUGAGAAAGAGUGCACAGGUCAUCAAUCGAAACGUUCUGCAGCUUUCGAGCGCUUGUCCUGUGCAAAGCGAAACUGCAUGGAUACGUACCCUACAUUUCUGGCAGUGCUGUGGUGCGCUGGUAUCUGCCUCAGUCAAGCUCCAGCUGCCUUUGCUGGUAUUCUCUACCUUGUUGUCCGCCAGAAGUAUUUUGUUGGCUACUUGGGGGAGACUUGCCAAAGUACCCCUGGCUUCCUGUUUGGGAAACGGAUUCUAUUCUUCCUGUCACUCAUGUGUGUUGUGGGAAUUAUAAAUCACCUGAUGCUCACGUAUGGUGGCAGCGACUAUAAAGAAUACAUCCAGACCAUCACUAAAGCAGCGUCCACCCUUCUGCUCCUGCCCUAAUCUGGGCCAACAUCUCAGUGUAGAGGAGGAUCUCUUUCAGUUAAAGCUUUAUCAGUUUGAGGAUAUAACAAAAAAGGUAGAAGAAAAAAAGACAGUGUGAAGCGUUUACAUGAUUAAAAAUAACAUUUAAUUGCAAAAAUGGUUUGUACAUAUUACAAAUUAACACAGGAAGACAUAAAACAGCUGUUAAAUCCCAGCGUAAUGUAUUUAAAUAUGUUUUAAAGGGCUCAUAUCAAUCAGUGAAGUUUCAGUUGUGGCCAAAAUAGUAAGGAUUUAGAGUUUAAGCCUGUUUCUGUGUAUAAACAAACAAGCAAGACACAAGUUCUCUGUAUUUAAAUGAAUACUGUUGUGUUAACCGCUCUUAAAAUAGUCUGUUUGUAAUAUCGUGCCAUUAAAAAAAGUUCCAAGUUCUGCAUAUGCACCGGAUUGCCGGUUUCCUGUUGUGUAGAAAUUUAGCGCAUAUAUCAACAGCCUCUUUGCACAGUCUGGAUUACAUAACAGGAUUGCAAAAUAUUCAGUGAAGAAAUGUCAAGAUCAGACUGAAACCUUGUUAAAAAUACACGUUUUUAAUGACACUCUGGAAGUGCGGAGUAGAUGAUGCUACACACAGCACAGGUCAGAGGAAAAUGUGAUGUUUUAAUCUGUGACGUGAGAAAGGUUUUCACUUUGCUGUAAAAUAUAAAGAAAAAUUUGAUUUCCUUAUGACAUGAGACAUUUAAAGCAAGGAAAGGAACACAUUCAGACACAUACAGUGACCAAUUUUUAAAAAAGUAUUGUAAUUAUUUUCAUUUAUAUACAAUUUAUGACUUCAACAUAAUUAUAAUUCCUAUGAUUUUUUUAUGAUUGUUUUUUAUUAUUGCUAACGUGAGAAAAUAAAGUUUUAUUUACAGUA